AUGGCCGACCUGCUCGAGGUCAUGGCCCUUGCCGUGCUAGAUACUCGCCGCGGCAGCUGCCUCGAAACCUUUGAUAUCAGCGUGAAGAAUCCAAGCGACUGUCGCGUCCUACGCUUUAGACUCUGCAGACUUCCCGAGGUCAUUCGACCCGCAGGAAAGAAGGAGAUUGUCGGCCGGGUCAUGGACGCUGUAGAGGACCGCCCUCAGGAAAUUGAGGAGCUAGUCCGGCGCCAUGGACUCGUCUGGUUUCCCUGGGCCCGCAGCGAGGCAUAUUGCAACGGCAAUUCCAGCCAGGGCGAUGCCUGCGAGACCCGUUUUCGCCGUAUAAUAGAAAAAAUAGCAUGUCACACGGCUCUCGCCUCACGGAACACACCGGCCGUACCGACCGACUCGUCGCUCUACCCAUUCCUGCCUUCGGAGAAUCUCGCGACGAAGAACGUGGCCAUACUACAGGUGCUGGCGGAGACCGACCCGACGACGGGGCCGGGGGCCAGCGGCACCUGGGCGCGCAUCCAGGCUCUCGAGGACCCGGCGCAGGUCAAAGUCCAGUACACUCACGUCCCAGACGAGCCACUUAGCUUCGGCACUGGCGACGUGCGGAUAGACAUGCUCCUGUGGUGUCAUAUGCUCAAGUUGCACGGCGCGGGAUACCCGGCAAAACUGCCUUUUAACAUUGUCGGUGUACCCUGCCAUGGCUUUUGCAACGAGGACGUUGGCAUGAGCUGA